UCAGUAGUUGGUCUCGAAAUCGAAUAGACCUCUUUUUCUACUUAAACAUGUUAGAAAAAGAGGUCCGUUCGAUUUUCUGCAGGGUCCCGGAGUUCCAUCGCAGAUUCGGUUCAUUAUUUCGGCGAAAAAGAUUGGAAACAUGGCAAUGACUACCCAAGUAAAAGGCAGCGGUUGGCCACGAAGGGCAAGUAAUAGUUCAUUCGAUGGAAAAAUUGUGCCAAAUCCAUCCGUGACUAUCAACAGGACGAUAAAUCUAUAUCCUUUGACAAACUAUACAUUUGGAACAAAAGAGCCGCUGUUCGAGAAAGAUCCAUCAGUGCCAGCGAGGUUUCAACGCAUGAGAGAUGAAUUCGACAAAAUUGGAAUGCGACGCAGCGUGGAAGGAGUCCUUCUGGUUCAUGAACAUGGGCUUCCUCAUGUUUUGCUUCUUCAGUUGGGGACAACAUUUUUCAAACUACCCGGAGGAGAACUGAAUGCAGGCGAAGACGAGGUAGAGGGCCUGAAACGGCUCCUUACUGAGAUUCUGGGAAGGCAAGAUGGUGUCAAGCAAGAAUGGCUUAUUGAGGAUACCAUUGGAAACUGGUGGAGACCUAACUUUGAGCCUCCACAAUACCCUUAUGUACCACCACAUAUCACGAAACCAAAGGAGCAUAAACGAUUAUUUUUAGUGCAACUGCAAGAAAAAGCUCUCGUAGCAGUACCCAAAAAUUACAAGCUUGUUGCCGCACCAUUGUUUGAGCUAUACGAUAACUCACAAGGAUAUGGACCAAUUAUUUCUUCACUUCCACAAGCUCUCUGCAGAUUUAACUUCAUCUAUAUGUGAGAGAUGAGUACAAGAUGAUAAACUAAUUUUAAGAAGAGAUGCAAUUGUAUUUCGCGUUAAUUUAACUGUGAAGGGUCAAUAAAUUGGAGGAUGCGUUCAAUGUAUUGAAUUAUAAAAGAUAGCAUAAAGAAUCUUUUUUCUAAA